UUUAAGGAUCAUUAAAGAAAGACUUUCUUGAGAUUUGAUUUCUGAUCGAAUAAAAGAAUCAAACCGACUUUAUAAUAUUAAGAAAAAAUCAUGAUCCCAAUACAGAAAUCAGUCAUCAUCAAUCCAUGAUAAGACGACUUCUUUUCUCAAUUAUAAAACGUGAAACCCUAAUUUCCACUAGAAAUUUCAUUCUCUCAGUCCAAAAUUCACUCAAAACCACCAUGGAUUCACUCUUACUCCAAAACAGAGCAUCAGAAUCAUCACCAGAUGAUCAGAAUCAAGUACUAACAAUUGAUCCACCAAUUUUCAAUCCAUUAGAACCCUCUGUACCAAUUUCAUACCCAAUCAAAACCCUCAAAGAAUUAAGCUCAAGGGUUUACUACAAAUCUUUUCAUUACCCAUUUAAUAAAUCCUCUGUUCCUCUGGUUACUAAGAUGAAGAAAUUGCCAAAUAGGAAGAGGAUAUUAGUUUGUCAUGAUAUGGCUGGUGGGUAUAUUGAUGAUAAAUGGGUACAAGGAGGAGAGAAUUCUGAAGCUUAUUCAAAUUGGCAUUGGUAUUUAAUGGAUAUCUUUGUUUAUUUUUCACAUAAUCUUGUUACUAUUCCUCCUCCUUGUUGGGUUAAUACUGCUCAUACUCAUGGUGUUAAGGUACUGGGAACAUUUAUAGCUGAAUGGGAUGAAGGGAAACUGGUUUGCAAUGAGCUUUUGGUGACAAAAGAAUCGGCUCGAAUGUAUGCUGAGCGUUUAUCUGAGCUUGCAGUUGCGCUGGGAUUCGAUGGUUGGCUGAUCAAUAUUGAAGUAAAAUUGGAUGUGAAGCAAAUCCCAAACAUGAAAGAAUUUGUUAAUCAUCUGACAAAAACGAUGCACUCCUCCAUGCCUGGAUCUUUAGUCAUAUGGUAUGACAGUGUGACUAUAGAUGGUGAUCUCUACUGGCAAGAUCAACUCAAUGAAAAGAACAAACCCUUUUUUGAUCUAUGUGAUGGUAUUUUUGUAAACUAUACAUGGCAGGAAGACUAUCCAAAGCUUUCAGCUGAAGUUGCUGGUGAGAGGAAAUAUGAUGUCUACAUGGGGAUCGAUAUUUUCGGGAGGAAUACUUUUGGUGGUGGUCAGUGGACGACUUAUAUUGCACUUGAUGUGCUAAAAAAGGACGAUGUGUCAGCUGCCAUUUUUGCUCCUGGAUGGGCCUACGAAACCAAGGAACCGCCUAACUUCCAAACUGCUGAAAAUCUUUGGUGGGGACUUGUUGAGAAAUCAUGGGGGGUACUUCAACGCUACCCAACAUCACUACCCUUUUAUUCAAACUUUGAUCAGGGUCAUGGUUAUCAUUUCUCGGUUGAUGGAAAGCAAGUGUCGAAGGAUCCCUGGUGUAACAUUUCCUGCCAGACCUUUCAGCCUGUCCUUGAAAGUUCUGAGGAAUUCUUGUUAAACCCUAUACAAGUGACUGUUGAUUUCAAAGAAGCAUCUUAUAAUGGAGGAGGGAGCAUCUUAGCUAAAGGAACUCUCGAAGGCACAUCACAUUUCAAAGCAAGGCUUUUUAAAGCGAAGCUUCCAAUGUCAGAUCUGCCAAUUCAUGUUACAUACUCUGUGAGAUCACAUGGGAACUCAAAAGUGGGUGUCUCCCUUGUAUUCUCUCAUAACACAAAUGAGACGAAGUCAGUUCUUCUUGCUUCCCCAGGAGAUGACUUAAUAACCUUCAAUCAAUUUGCAAGCAAGUUCGAUAAAGUUAUUAUGCCAGUUGCAGUUACAAAUUUGGAAGCAGAUGCUCAGGUGGGAUUAGGUUGGGUUAUUCAGGAGAGCAGCAUGGAGAUGAAUGGCUACACACUAAGAGAAAUUUUCAUGGUCUGUUACAGAACAAAGCACAAGUCUAGGGAGUUAAAUUUAGAGCAAGAUGGUAAAUCAAAAGACACUCAACUGAUUAGCGCCUCAUCAGAGUACUCUGCAUCACUUGGUCACAUCACUAUUAGAACUUCAGAACAGAAAUUGACUUUUCCAAAAUCGACUUCAUGGGUGACUAAGGGUAAAUUUGUCUCUUGGAGCAAAUCAAGAUCUGAAGACAGCAAGAGUUUGAACUUCAGGCUAUCUUGGAAGUUGACAGACGAGCAUGGUUUCCAGCUCUCGAAGUACAAUAUCUAUGUGAGCGAAAUAACGAAAAAAAUAGUAGGCGGGAAGAUGCAGGAAGUUGAAGGAAAGAGAGAGUUUCUAGGUGUGGCAGCAGUCCAAGCCUACUAUGUAUCCAGUCUAUCGGUUUCUGCAGGUGUCUCAAGUCUCAAGUUUGUCAUUCAAGCCUGGGGAGUUGAUGGGUCUUUCCAAGAGUUCAACUCUUGUCCUGCGUUUCUUUUAAAUGUCGAAGGGGUUCCUGGGAUUAAUGAUAAGACCAAUGAGCCCUGUAUUGCCCUUCUCUCGGGAUCAGGACGGUGCUCUAAACAGAAUUCUAGUGCAUCAGUUCAGUCUUGGAGUUUUAAGGUAAAAUCCUUUGCAAGCACAACAGUCUUUAAAACUCAGAAGUGGGGAGGUGAAUGUUGGAUUUGGAGAACUAUCUUAAAAGUGAUAAUGGUAAUGAAGAGACUCAUGAGCGGUGGAUUUGAUAACGAUCGUGGUUACUCAUCACUGAAGCUGGUCCAUGAGAAAGAGAAUUGGAUCAGAGAAGUAUUUCCAAUCGAUAUGGCAGAGAAGAUUGUCCAUAUCAACUCCAGCGCAAAUGCAGUAGCAGGCAGACUAAUGUGGUGGCCGCUUGAACGAGGAGCUACAAGUUACAGCUCCAUCGAGAGUGGCAAAAACGAAAUGACAAUGGAGAACCCAAGAGAGAUCCCUUAGAUUACUAAAAUUCACCUCGGAAAAAGCAGCUUAGGUUAACCUGAAACACCAUGGAAAAAGCUAUUCUGGCUUAAAAUUCCUGUUACCGGUGCAACUUAAAAUAAAUAAAACUGUAUUGUUUGCUUUGUCGACCAA